ACUGCAGAGACCGAGAGGAUCUUAAUGGAGGAAGUCUGUUCUGAAGAACUUCCGACACCUAAUGGAGAAGAUAAUGAUGAUGAUGAUGAUGCGGGUCUUCUGCAGAGGGACGUCGCAGCAUGGAGGCGAGAUGAGGAUCUCCAGCCAAAUCUGCACGUGCUGGGAGUUUUCUUCCUGGGCAAACACACCAGCUGGGCCUUUAACUUUGUUCUCCUCUUUCAGUUUGUGUCUAUCGGGAUCAGUUAUGUCCUGGCUGGAAGUGAGGCCUACGCUGCUCUUCUUCAUACCAGUCAUGUCUACGUGAUCCCUGCAUUUACAUGGACGCUGUCGUUGGGGAUUCUGCUGGCCCAGAUCAUCAUUCAGCCAAUCACGUCACUGCUGACGCUGCUGAAAGGAAUCCUGCUGAUCAUUACCGUGGCCGUGACAUUUGUUGUGGGUUCGGAAGUUCACCAAGAGACCACGAAUGACUUCACUCAAAUCGGAAAACCUUUUCUAAUGGGAACAGUUGCUCUCGGUGGGAUCGUCAACGUCAUGCCUUUUUUGUUUUCUGAAAUCUCCAAUGUUAAAUCUCAGGUCUUAUGGUUCAGAAGAUCUGUGCUCGGAGGACUUGCUACAUGCACAAUCUUAAACAUACUAUGGUGUUGGGCAGUCUUAGAGAUCGUUCCCCAGAUGUCCACGAAGUCACUGCUGGAAGAGAAACUCUUAAAUAGCAGCACAGGACAAACAGAGACGACUCAUCCAGUACACACAUUCAUCUACUCCAACAUCUCCCUGGAGGAGUCCGAGAAGGCUGGGGAAAUCGCAACGAUUCCUCUCACCAAGAUCAUAACACAGAAGUACAGCCGGCUUUCAUGGGUGGCAGAGCUGAUCCAGAUCUUUAUCACCAUCAGUAUCACUGUGAGCUUCCUAGUGAUGGGAACAGCCAUGAAGCACACCAUGGACGGGCUGGUGGGCUCUCUGUGGCCGGAGAAUGUGGCAUGGCUGGCAGAUCAUAGCUCACGCUGGAGAACAUCACAGCACUGCAGACGGUUUUUCAGCGGUUUCAUGUCCUUUCUGGCUUUUGGUCUCAUUUUUGUCAUUUCAGCUUGUGAUCCGAAGGGAUUUGUUGUGAUGCUUGACAAAGUGGUUUCCUUCUCAUUGAACACGGAGGUGGGCUUGUUUAUCUUCCUUAUGCUGAGGACCUCCAGAUCAGAGCGCUUUAAGCAUCUGGUAGUUCCUCUAACAGCAAGUGACAGAAUCUACAGACUCCACUGGCUGCUGCCUGUCUACUUCCUGUUCGCUGUGGCUUAUGAUGUCUUCCAGAGCAUCCUGGAGAUCAGCCAAAACAUGACACUCACUCUUCACAACAACUCUUCCCAUCAGUAAGAGGCUGGAUAUCAGGUGGGGCUUCAUAUGCUGCUGAGACCCUUUAGGAACAGAAUAAUACAGUAUGCUCUGCUAAUGUUGGCAAUCUUUGUUAACAUGAGCAAAUUAUGGGUGAGAUAAAAAAAAAUGUUUAUUGUUUAAUCCUAUUUUGUUUAAAAUAUUAAGAAAAAACGGAAGAUGGUUGAGAUUAGGAAUGAAAGAGAGCAGGGUUUUUUCUCUACAGAUUGUUUGUGGCGAUGUGGGUGAUAUCAUAUUGUAGUAAGCAAACUGAAAUUCUCCCAUUCUUUUUUUUGUGUGUGUGUGUGGUCAUUCAAACCCUUUUACUAAAGGCUGAUUUAUACUUCUGCAUUAAGAACACACUAUAGCUCCACCUUCACACCAUCGCAUAUUGCUUAUCGGACCCUGACCCACACCUCUCCAAAAAAUAUAUAACUACAGUACGUGUCAUGAUGACGUAGAGCACAAAAUCUGUGAUUGGCCCGUUUGGUGUAGCUAAAGGCUGUACACUACACAAGGUGUCAGUCAUAUAGUUUUGAAUGGGGGAAGAUGUAAUGAGUCUCACAAGGCUCAACUCUGGCACCUCUCCUGUUCAACCUUUAUAUGCUCACUCAGAGCCAAAUAAUGAGGAAGAACCAAAUCUCCUACCACAGCUAUUCUGACGACACUCAGAUCUACAUAGCCUUACUGCCUAAUCGCU